AAAAUACCCAUCAUAAUCAACCAUGGAAUUAACGGUAUAAAAAUUAUACCUGCUGUCAUUAAAGUGAAUGUGUGUUUUAUUUAUUGACUCAAUCAAUCGAUAAAUAAUAACAUGGAAUAAAAGAAAGUGUAUUAAAUCUAAAAAUAAUAAUAAUUAAGUUGAUGUUGGUUAAUCACCUCAGCGUUGCGCCUCAAUAUUUGGCUCAGUCAGCGUUUGAUCUGAGUCUUAUAUAAUAAGCUAAAUUCAUUCAAAAUUAGCCGAAGUUUAUUUUACACGUAAAUUCAAUCGAAUUGAAGCUCAAAAUCAUGUCGACUAACGGUGUGUGUUCAAGACUGAUGCAGUUUAUAGACCCAGAAGAUCACCACAGAGUUGGAAUUCAGACCCCUUUCCAGCGUCUUGCACUUCAAAUGCAAGACGUUUUAGGAGAUGGAGGAAUUCUCAAAGAAGUGGUACGUGAGGGAGAAGGCCCGCUUGUACCGAGAAACGCUUCGGUCAGCAUCCACCUUUCUGGAUUCCUGGAGUAUUCGGAUCAGCCUUUUCAGUCGACAAGGAGUUUGAAGUUUCCCAAAAUGAUGAAGCUUGGAAAAGACUUGACCGUGUGGGGUCUCGAUGUUGGUCUGCGGACCAUGCGGAAAGGAGAGUUCUCUCGUUUUCUCUUGCAGCCCAGAUACGCCUAUGGAGAAAUGGGUUGUCCUCCUUUCAUUCCACCUUCGGCAACGGUGCUCUACGAGGUGCAGAUCUUUGACUAUCUUGAUUCGGACCAAGUGGACGAGUUCUUUGCACUUUUGCCGGAAGAGCAAAAUUUGGCACCUUUGUCAAAACUGCUGAAUGUAGUCAACACAGAGCGAAGCUUUGGAAACCGCUGUUUCAACCAAAGCCGCUACGAAGACGCCAAGCACAGAUACAAGCAGGCCUUGACGUUGCUCAGGAACCGUGAGACAGCUGAGGAAGAGGAGAGGAGACGUGUGGAGGAGGCCAGCCUUCCCUUCCUGCUCAAUCUCUCCCUCGUCUACCUCCGUCUGGAGAGACCUCGAAAAGCCCUGCAGUUUGGCCAGAGGGCUCUGAAAAUCAACCCUGCUAACACCAAAGCGCUAUUCCGCUGUGGUCAGGCUUGCUUAGAUAUGAACGACUACGAGAAGGCAGAAGAUUACCUCACCAUGGCUCAGGCCAAAAAGCCUUUCGACACCGACAUCAACAACUUGCUACGAAAGCUGGCAAUCUCUUACAAGGAACACCUGGACAAAGAAAAAGACAUGUACUCCAAAAUGUUUUCUGCUCUUAAAUCUGACAAGAUAACAUUUCCAAGGCAGGGGGAUUGAAGAAAAAAAAAGAACUUGUAAAGAAUUCAGAGCUGCAGUUUGACACGUCACAUCGUGUUAAAGUAUAAAGGAAGGUUUCCACCCAGUAUAGAUGUAUACUUGACUACUAAUUAUGUCAGUUUCUUAGUUAUCGUUGCAUUGUUGCCUUUCGAUUUAGCAAUUUGUUCAAUUUUGCAAAUGUUCGAAAGUUUUUGUUUAUUAUUAUUGUUCAUGUAGGUACAUACUAAAGGUUUAGUCAUUGAUUGAUUUUUUUAGCGCUUACAUGCUAAAAUACUGCAGUGGAUUAUGUUGAGUUGGUUUUUUUUUUAGUUCAUAUUAAAAUGUUUCAAUACAUCA